CCCCAAACUAAGCGGGACGGCGCACUAAGCAUCCGAAGAAGUCUACACCAUUGGGAAGGGCGGCAGAGUGAAGCACUUCGUAGUCGACAAGUUCCCAACUCCAGCACCACCAACACCGUCGACAUGGGUCACUCUCACGGUUUGAGAUCCGGCACUCGGUAUGCCUUCAGCCGCAACUUCAAGGAACACGGCCAGAUCCGCCUGUCGACUUACCUGAAGACCUACCGGGUUGGCGACAUCGUCGAUAUCAAGGUCAACGGUGCCGUUCAGAAGGGUAUGCCCUACAAGGUCUACAACGGCAAGACCGGAGUUGUCUACAACGUCACCAAGUCCUCCGUCGGUGUCCUCCUCUACAAGGUCGUCCGCAACCGCUACCUCGAGAAGCGCGUCAACAUCCGCAUCGAGCACGUCAAGCACUCUCGCUCUCGUGAGGACUUCAUCAAGCGUGUCAAGCAGAACGCCGAGAAGAAGCGUCAGGCUAAGGAGCAGGGCGUCCACCUCCACCUUAAGCGCCAGCCCGUCGGUCCCCGUGAGGCUCACGUUGUCGAGGGUGUCAGCGCCGAGACCAUCACCCCCAUCCCCUACGACACCCACAUCUAAACGAAUAGAAUGGUCAGGUCGAUGCGGUUGUUUGGUGUUUCUGGGUUUGGCCAUCUAAGGGUGGAUUUUACAUUGAGACGAAGCGAAAAAGGGUACUCGGAUGUACUAGCACAUUUCAGCCUGUGCAUAGAUUCCCCUGAAUGAAACAAAAAACAAAAAUUUCGAUUCCCUGUUCAGCCAUCAUCAGCCGGAGCUCUGACCUGUCUUCCUUUGACUUGCUACACGCGCCGCUCUAAGCCCUAGAAUAUGACAAAAAUAUGGACACCUUGCCCCCGCCACAAUCUCAACGAUCUGGAAUCUUGCACUUUGCAAUACAAGGUGAAUUGGGAUAUGUUGGUGUGUGUAACAAGAAUUGCUGCCUACUUACAUGAGCACGCACGACUCCAAACAUAGCUGUAUCCAUGUGUGUUCUAUAUGUUUGACAAAGUAACUGCAAUUAUUGAGUCGCCAAUACCUUGGCAAAUGAUCGAGAGGCUCACCUGAAAGCACGCGCAAGUAGUUUGUUGGCUUGAAAGCUUUUAAAUAUGGUAGUCUUUCGACUGUCAACACGUGUAAUAUAAAGCGGCGUAGAGAUUUCCAA